GUGGUAAUGACGUGAGGCGACGACUGAUUGGUUUUUUUUUGGAAAACAGAAAAGUAAAAUGUGUUUUAUUGAAAAUACUACUUUGCUACUUAAUUAAAAAAAUCAUAAUUGGGGUGAUGAUUGUUUUAUUCAAAUUUGUUACCAAUUAUUCUAAAGAGAAGUGUUAAGUGUGUAUAAAAAAAAUGAAACAUGUAAAUGAAAAUGAGAUAAAAGCAAAACAAAACAAAGUGUCAAGUUGACGUAUAGAAGAAUUUUUGGAAGGAGAAAGAAGGAAACCCGAAAAAAAGAAAUCAUAAAAUAUUCCUUAAUAAGUGAGUGCUUGCAAAAAUAUUAAAAAAAAGCAUACAGCCGGCCUUAGAAACGUGUGUGGAAUUGAUAAAACAACAAAACCUAAAUAUUUCAGUGAAUUUGUGUGCAUGUGUGGUGUUGUGUUUGCCAAAAAAAAAAAAACAAAAAAAUAACAAAACCAAACAAAUAACAGUUCAAGCAAUUGUCAUAGCCACCACCAUGGAUUCUUUGGAUUUGACUUCGCCGAUGAAUGCCUCACCGCCUGACUUCGAUUUCAAUUUGCCAUGUCGCUUUUUCAAGAGCUCUUUUGCCCGUUCACUUUCGCUGAACAGUAGCAGCGGUGGGGGCGGCAAUAAUCAAUGCAAAUCAUUGGAUUAUGACAUACAUUCUAGCGACAACAGCAACAACAAUAACAAUUGUUUGCCAAAGCCAAAUAACAAUAGCGGUGGCAACGCCAGCACAACAACAUCUAAUGGUGGCGUCGGCAGAGGAGUUGUUAACGGAGGUUUUCUUAAACGUGAUGGUCCACCACCCGUACCCCUUAAACCCAAUGGGGUGGCAGCAUCUUCAGCUCAAGACGGAACUGUAAGUUUUUCUUCUUCAGCACACCAACAGAGCUGCAAGAAUGGGGCCAACAAUGAACCGGUUGACAGCCCACAAAAAGAUGACGCAGAUGAUGAUGAUGGGACAACUAAGACCAAUGCCGGCGGCAGUGGUGGUGGCGGCAGCGUCAAAGUAGCCACGGACAAACCUCCAGCCUUGCCUGCUAGGAGGCCCACUUUUAAUGGCCAUUCCAAUGCUGGUCUGCAGCAACAACAACAAAAUAUGCAAGCCUCGCUGACACAUUUACGCCAACAAGCCUUCAAUCAGGCUUUAAGCCAGACAAAUGCUAAUGCUGCAAUACUGCCGGUGAAUGUCACUGGGGCCUCUGACGCCUCUAGAGGAUCAACACCACAGCAGCCUCAACAAUUUAAUCAAAAAGUUAUUAAUCAUUAUCAGCCAGUUGCCGCCUCCAGGGGCCCCACGACCAUUAGUGGCAGCAGCAAUAGCAGCGGCUGUGGCAGCAACAAUGAUAGCAUCUCCAGUAAUGGCAGCAGCAGCGCCAACCAAAACAACAACAGCAACAACGUGCAUCAAAACUUCAGAAGGAAUAUUGUCUGGCCGAAUCAAACCAAACAAAAUGUGGAACAGGACUGUAAUUUCUAUGAUGCCGAUAAUGAUGAUGAUAUACAUUUCAUUGAAUAUCAUGAUACAACUAAAUUAGCAAAUCCCAAUGACUUUAGUGCAACACCGACAACAGCUAAUCAACAGCAUCAACAUCAUAUGCAGCGACAACAGCAACAGCCACAGCUGGCCUCAUCACACCAGAUGAUGAUACCCACUAUCAUGACUACAAACAUAUCAAAUAAUCCACAACAUCAGCAGCAGCAGCAACAUCCCUAUGAAGUUGUUGUACAUGACAACACCACAAAUGUGGAAGCUGUUAUACUACAAAACCAAGUGGACACAUUGCAUUGGCAACUCAAGCAGGUGGAGACCAGUUGUGACAUGUAUCGCGCUGUUAUGGAAGAAGUUGCACGAUUUCUUGAACGCUACCAAAAACAGAGGCAACUUCAACAACAACAGCUUCAGCAGCAACAACAACAAAUGGCAGCCCAGAAGCAUAUUAACAAUGAACAAAUAUCACGUUCAAAAAGUCUAUACCAAGUGAAUGCUUCCGGAGGAGGCCAGGAUAAAUGCACUUCUCUAGGCCAUAACUUGGUGGAUGAUUCACCAGCAGCAUCGUCCGCUUCAUCAUCGUCGUACUUGAGAGUACGCAGUAGCACGAAUCUCAUAGAUCUUAAACAAACCGAAGGCAACAAAUUGACGAAUGGCAAGGGGCGUCAUAGUAAGGAUGAUCAUAAUUUCGAGACAGGCUUGGCCCCUUCGCAAUCAUAUAGCGCUUUCAAAGAUUUUACCUGGAGACGUUUACCCAAAAAGGCCAAUGAUUUGCGCGGCCACAAGGGCGGCGAUGAUGCUGAUGAAAAACUUAAUCAAGAAGCCUUUCGUCUGUUUCGUACCAUACAGAAUUUAUUGAACACAUCACAGCAUCAGGCAGACAUAGCACAUCACAGCCUAACUCAUCAGCGUCACUCGUUAGCACCCAGUGCAAUUUUGGGGCAUUUGGGACGCAUUUCAAAAGCCAUAUCAACCAGUUCAGUGGCCACAUUACCGGGAGUGCCCAUGCAUAAUUCCACUACCCUAACUGCCAAUUGUGGUGCCUCCACUACAUCGGAUUCUUCAACAGCCUCUCCCACCAUUGCUGCCUCACCCAAUACUCUUGCCCCUGCUGACAUGUUGUUUUUGCGCUCUGCCAAUAUGCGAGAUUCACGUCUCUCAUUGCGUAGUUCUACCGACAGUUCGGUGCAUUCCACAUCAUCGGUUGCUUCUUCGGCUUCUUCAAAAGUGGAAACCGAUGAAGAGCCCAACACACCAUUUCAAGGAAAUAUUCUGACCCAGCAUAAACCAUCGCAUCAUCAUAUAGCCGGUUCUAGUACAGAGGAUGAAAGUGGUUUCAGCUCCAUAAGUUCAUUUCCCGAUGUGGGCGUACCAUUCAGCUCCACCAUGCUCUCCUCCCAUAACAAUGGGAAUAAGGGGCGAAAAACAACCGAGGCAAAUGACAUGCGGUCUCAGAAGGCCCAUGGUGACAAGGAUUUGCUAUCCUCCGAAAGUCGUAAUUCCACCUUGAAAGCCAAUGUUGUGGGUUUACCCUUAAAUUCUUCACAAGAUAUGACGCAUCGCUGGGAUUCACCCUCGAAGACUUACCACAAUGCCAGCACGAAAUUUCAAAGAUUCUCAGCUUUGGCAAAUAGCGAAGAUGCCAAUACCGUUCUAUGGGUCUAAUAUGACCUUUCGAUUAAUAAAAAAAAACGUUUUGCAACUCUCUCUCUCUUCCAUUGUAGAGUCAGCAAAGCCGUAUUUUUUUGUAUUUAUUUAUAUGUUGCUCCCUCCCCCAUUCAUUAUUUUUGUUUAGUUUUGUGCCUUUGUUUGUGUAAUUCUAAAUAUUUAUUCAAAUUUUUAACACAUUUCUGUUUGUGUGUGAAUGUGUAAAAAUCUAUAUUUGUUUCUUUGAGAAAAAGGAUCAAAAGCAUUUACAGGACUAUUAAUUUUUUUGUAACUUUUGAAAAAAAAAAACAAAAUCGUUUGUACUUUUUUAUGUUAAGUUAUAUAUGUUUUAACUUGUACUUUUUCAGA